UCACGAGGUGUUGGCCAAUCACCCCGGCGGGCAUAAAGUGGCUGCCAGCCCGCAGGGCUCCCAGCCGGGAGGUGUCACCCCCAGCAGGCACAGGCCGGAGCUCGGUCACCCAGCAUGCGGGCACAGUGUAUUCGGAGGACACUGCUCAGUCUGGUCCUCGGACUCCUGUUCCUGAGCACGGCGGCCAAGGGCAAGUGCUCAGGCAAAUACCACGAACUCCUCCGGCAGCUCCGGCAUCAGGCAGACCACAUGCGGGACACCAGCACACUCCUGGACCCCUAUAUCCGCAUGCAAGGCCUGGACACGCCUGGACUGAAGGAGCACUGCAAGGAUCGCCCUGGGGCCUUCCCCAGCGAGGGCACCCUCAGGGGGUUCAGCAAGCGGGUCUUCCUGCAGACUCUCAACACCACACUGGGCCUUGUCCUGCACAGACUGACCGCUUUACAGCAGGACCUCCCCGAAGCCCAGCACCUGGCGAGGCUGAACAUCCGGGGACUCAGGAGUAACAUCCAUUGCAUGUCCCAGCUGCUUCUCGGAUCCUCGGAGGCAGAAACAGCUGAGCCCACUCAGCCAGGCCCCAGGGCCACGCCGCCGCCCACUCCCCCAUCGGAUGCAUUCCAGCACAAGCUGAAGGGCUGCAGGUUCUUGCAUGGCUACCACAGCUUCAUGCACUCGGUGGCACAGGUCCUCCGGGAGUGGGGGGAGAGCCCGGGCCGGAGCCGGAGCAGGAGACACAGCCCCCACCCAGCCCUGCAGAAAGGGGCCCGCAGGAUGCGACCCCUCAGGAGGGACAAGAGACUCAUGCCCAGGGGCCAGCUGCCCCGGUAGCCUUAGGAGCGCCCCUGCCAGGUGAAAGUUCAGCAGGUACUCUGCAGGAUGACACCGCUCCGUUCCCCACCUCUUGGAAGUGCACUUUGAGGGGUGGGAGCUGGGCAGCCCCUCUACCUCCUCUGGCCUGGGGGGGAUGGGGUCCAGCUAUUGAGCCCCCCAUCCCUGAGUUCCUCAGUCCUGGUGGGGUGGCCGGGUCAGGUCCACACGGGGCCAACUUUCCAUUGAUUCAGGGGUCUGAUGACACAGGCUGACUCAUGGCCAGACUGGCUGCCCCCCCAGCUCUGCUCCCAGGAGGCCUGCCGGACUGUCCCUCUCAUGACUUCCUCCUUUCCAUAGUGGCCUCGUUGUAGAGGGGGGUCAGGGCCGGAGGUGGCCUCCUGUGCCUCAUCACCAGUCUCGGGCCAGACCCCUGAAUGUCUGGAUGACCUCACUUUAGGCAGCUGUGAUGGGGCAGUGCGUACAAGAAGGAGCCCUGAUUUGGGGGGGAUCCAAAAUUGGCCCCUAACUCACUGUGUGGCCUCAGCAAGGUCACUUUACCUCUCUGGACCUCAGUUUUUUUCUUUGUGAUUUGAAGGGUUGGGUACCAUGUAAAUCCCUCUCUGCCUGUCAGUUGCUGGGACUCUGUGACAUAGGGUGGAUAUCAGAUUCUCUGCGGACAUAGAGACGCAUGAUACAAUGGACACUGGUGAACACAGAGUUCUCUGGAGGAAACCUUCUAGCGCCUGGUGGCAGCUGGUCUCUGGUCCCGGCUCCUGGCUGCUCCCCCUGGUGGUGCGUCGUGGUAUUUUCUUAUGCUGAAACCAUUGCUCUCCUGGAGGGGGGUCCCAGAAGCUGCUGGGCUGAUUCCUUGGAAGGACGUGACUAAUUUAUAGAUUUGUUUUUAAUCUGUUUCCUAUUUAUAAGGCUUAUUUAUGAUGUGUAUUUAAUGUUAAUAUUGUGCAACAUAUAUUUAAAACUUGCCUGGUUUCUAAAG